CCAGUGAGCGGGGCCAGGCGCGGCGCAGGGGGCCGAGGAGCGGGGCCCGGCGGGGGGGUGCCCACUUGGCUCCGUUCGGGUUGGGAUUUUUUUAAACAGGACAGACCCUUACGAGUCUGUUUUUAAACUUCAGACCAAACCAACGGCUUCGGGGGGUGCCCUGAAAACGACCCCGCCCCCGUAAUUCGGUCAGAGGGGCGAUUUUUAACGUUUCUGGAGGGCGGGAAAAAGCCCCCUUCCCCAGCUACCCCACUGUAAACCUGCCCCGGGGGGGGGGGUUGCUUUCGUUUUUUGGCUUUACACCAGUCAGACCCAAACUAUCCAGCCGAGACAGCGCAGCAGAAUUCGACAGAGACAGAAAUAAACGGGGGGGGGGGGCGCGUCCUCCACCCGGCCCCCCAUCAUCCUCUGUCCUAGACUCGUCACCGUUUGACUCCUUCCCAGAAUAGCUCUGCUUGGGGCUGGGAGCUUGGUGCGGCUUGAAAGCAGGAGCUCCUGCUUCCUCGGGUACUUUAGCCACCCCCUCUGGGAGAGCGAUUGUUGGGGUGUCUUUAGCGAACAGAGGGAAUCCAUCCCUUCGUACCUAAGGAUGGCACAUGCUCGUAUCUCAGCCAAACUGCCCCCCGACAUUGACCCCACUAAAGCCCCUAUUGCUUUUGGGGAGAGGGCCCUACCUAAACUGAAUGAGGAGUUACAGUCCCCUGAGCUGCUGACCCGGCAGAGGGCACUGAUGGCCCUAUGUGACCUGGUGCAUGACCCAGAGAAUGUCUACCAAGCAAUAAAACUAGGAUUCCUGGAUAAUCUGAAAUAUUUGCUUCUAGACGAAGAUAGCACUGUUCGAGAAAAAACAACCGAAGUCCUUUAUAUAAUGGCUACUCAUAAUGUUGGCAGGGAUGGCUUUAUAGAAAACGGAGUCAUUCCUGCCCUGUCCCAGCUCUUGAAUGAUCCAGUGGAUAUCUGUCGGAGAAACAUGCACCGGGCGUUUGAAAUAAUGGCAGAGUUACCGGCGGGUGCUGUUGGCAUAGUGGAAAGCAAUUUGAUUUCUUCACUUGUUCUUAAACUGAAAACUGAAAUGGAUGAAAUCCAAGAGUUGAUACUGGACACGCUCUCUGGCUGCCUAUGUGUAGAGGCUUUUGAAGCUCUAGCAACAGGCGCUGUUCCCAUUCUGAAGGAAAAGCUCACUCAUCCAUCAGUGGCCAUCAGGAGCAAAGCUGCCCGUGCCCUUUUGGGAAUUAGUGUCCCUCUGGAAGGAAAAAAUGUCGUGUGGGAUGAAGAGGUUAUCCCAGUGCUGGUCAGCCUGUUGGAGGAUUCAGAUCCUGAGGUCCAAGCCAAUGCAGCAGGAGCACUGAUGAAUGCCACCAUUACGACCCAAGGGAAAUUUGCAGCCCUUAGUGCAGAUGCCAUUCCACCUUUACUGAAGCUGGUCGAUGAUGAAACCAGCAAAGUACGCUUGAAUGCAAUCAAAGCCCUAACCAUGCUGUCUGAGGCCCCUGAGGGUCGCAAGACACUACUGAACCAUGUGGACCUCUUUCGAGGGCAGUUGAAUGACUCCAGCGAGGCUGUAAGCAGAGCAGCAAAAAUUGCCAUCAAAGUCAUCGAAUGGAAACCUUAAACCCAGGGCAUCAAGAAGCAAUAAAAUAGCAGCAAAACCCCUGCA